AUGCCACGGGGGGCAAAUCCCUUCAGGGAACCGGCCACCCCCGGCAACACCGACGGCACCGUCGCGGAGGAUAUUAAACGGGAUGACGCUGCCAUGGCAAGAGAGUGGGCCGCCGCAACACGGCUGAGUGAAACACAAAAAACAAAUACACAGUCCAUCGCACUUCAUAAUACAACAUCUACAAACACCUCCGCACGACAAACCCGGGGUACACGCACUGUGGAGAUAAAAGAAACACACAGUACAGAGGCAUUCAUUGCCAAAAAACGAGAAGUGGGGCUCAUGCGACUAGCUCUCGCUAAUAAGGAAGCAGAAAAACGUCACUUGGAAGAAGAAAUGGACCGCGUAGAGAAGCGGCUUCGUCAACAGCAAGAGCAACUCGCAAGUACAGAAGAGAAAUUUAAUAAUUUUCUCAAACAUAGCAAUUUGGAACAAGAUGCUGCAGUGCGUCGUGCAGAAGUAGAGAGUAAGGCGAAACAAGAACGUCUUAUUGAUAUUAAGAAACUCUCAGCUCAAAUUGGGCACGUGGAGCAAGAUAUGCGCAAGACGGAGGCUCAACUGGAGUUAUGCAAGGAAUACAAAAGUUUUAUGGACAGCCUUACUCCACCACAAUGGUUUUAUGAUGUUUUGUGUGAUCUUCGUGUGAAAGAUGCUAAUAUGGUUAUAUUACGCGAGACAGAGGAAAAAUAUGCACAACGUGCACAAGAACUCUCAGAUGCGGCAGCCAUCCAAGCUGCCCGUCGUGCAUCCCGUGUGCAGUUUUUCAGUUCUGUACGGGAUAGGGCCAGCUUUCUUGAAAACGGCGCAGGUAAUAAAUCCAAUGGAGACGAAGAAGAAGAAGAAAUUCCAUUGGAAACAUUAUUAGAACAAUUGCAGCAUACUCUCGAGGCAGAGGCACAGGAAAGACAAGAAAACGCAGCUGAGCGUAUUAAGGAAGAAGUUUCAGCAUUACCAGUAGAGAAAGUCCGCGCUAUACUAGAUAAUGAUUAUCCACAGGAGCGAAUUCCAAUGUACUUUGCAGAACCAGACCAAAUUUUAGACAUAUUUAUUAAUGUUGAGGAAGGAAAUUUAUUUCUUAUACAGAACAGUCAAGAACUGGAGGAAGAACUUGAGCGUGUCGCAAUGGAAUAUUUACGUGAACAAGAAGAAAUGACAACUAUGGUACGUCAACGACAUGCACAAAUGGAGUCAUUGGCAACACGUAUUAAAGAAGCGCAACAACGGCUAAGUCAACUUGAGGAACGGUUAGCUGAUUUGGAAAGCAGUGAUACCGCUGUUGCUGCUGCGGGUGAUGGUUCAAGACGAACAAAAGGUUUAUCAAGUCCAAGACAAAAAGACGAGGAAACUGUUAUGAAACAGGAAGAACUAAAGAAACGUAUUGAACUUGCAGUUGCGGAGAUAUUUAGCUGUAUUAACCAACACCCUACCCCUGGUACCAGAGCCCAUGGUGAGGAAGCUGAGGGAGCAGGCGAUCAAGCGCAUAGAUUAAAAAAGUCAAAAGGGUCAACUACAGCGACGGGCAAAAAACCUCGACCCACAUCACCAUUGACUACUGGCAAAGGAAAAGGCAAAAAGAAGGAAAUUAACCCAUCCCCAUCAGCGCUUGGAGGUGGUACGGGUGGUAAUGUAGAUCAUGCAGACGAUGAUGCGGGUGCUAAUAUGGGACCUGUGGAGAUGCUUACCAUUAUUGAAAACAAAGUUGAUGAGUACCACCGGUAUAUCACUAAUCCAGAGAAUGGUGUAGAGGAGUCCCUCAUUAUGAGCGUUAUUAAGGCACGUGAUAAGGAAAGACGCCGAAAGGCACGUAUGUUGCAUUUGGCUAAACAAUCAUCAGAGCGAGAGGAACGUAAUCAACGUGCUCUUGAGCGUUCGCAGGCCCCUGUGGUGAAACACCGUGGGAAACCUAUUAUGUGGCGCUCUCGACCACCUGUGGAAACAGUUAAAAAUGCAGAGACAAAACACCGCUCGGUGGCCAUGAAAGAAGCGGAUGAGGAUGAGGAAUUCUUUCGAUAA